AUGAUGCAGCCGCCAGCCGCUGAUAUGAACUACUGCCCAGAGUUUCUGCGAGGUGUUUGGUGGAUGAAGGACAACAUUGCCAACGAGACCUGUGUCUUCUUGGAGUCAGGGCACUGGAAUGAAGCCGGAACAGAGGGAUGGAAAUGGGGCUUUGUGAACUGGACCACUGGGAGCAAUUGGUUGGGGAGCCUGCUCCUUUAUUGGAAGUCCGCCGCCACCCGGCCCCAGCGCAGUUGGCAGAUCUCCGCGGAUCGGAAGUGGAUCGCACUGGGUCAGGAGGACUAUGUCUAUGUGCUGGGCCCCGAAGAUCAGCUGGUGGACUCCAAAGGUGAGGCCUAUCCCUUUGUUCCGGGCCAGGAUUUGUUGCGGAUCACCUUUCCGGAGGGCGACCCGAAGCAGGGCAUUUUCUAUCAGUACAUGAUGCGCAGAGUAGCGCAAAAGGGCGCUAAUGGAGAAGUGGUGAAGACAGCUGCUUACCAAGAUCUCUUGGAGCGAGUGCAACGCCCUGCGGUGGACGGCUGUUGUUACAACCUUUUCCUUUGCAACAUCUCUGAUGAGCAAUACCCCUUGGUCUACGACGCUUUGGACGACCAUCAGCUGCUAAUUCCUGGCCCAGAAGAACUACCCAAAGAGAUCCUGGAUCUCAUCGCCAACGAACCGGGAUGGCCAUCUUACAAGUGA